UGAAAAAUCGGCAAAAAGGGUAUGAAAGUACUAAGUAAAAAUAAAAAAAUUCUAAAUUUUCUGGGAUGUAAUUUUUCAAGCUUAAAUUCCAAUAUCCAAGCUUAAACGUGAGUUAAAGUUACAUCUAAAGUAUACAGCUGUUAAUGCCUGGCCGUAGAAACGCUGAAAUAUCUUUACAAACCUUUCAAAUAUUUCAUCCCGAAAUUAUUAUUCCAAAGCGUUAAUUUAUCAAUCGUUGCCGGCAUCUUAACUCGAUUAACUUGAUAUCUCAACAGUCAACAAAGAUCAAGGAGUUUACAUUUCAUAAUUCCAAAAAAAAAGAAAAAAAAAGAUUUUUUUUACCAUUUGUUGCUGUGUUCAUUUUCUGAUAACAACAAUAAGAAAAUAGAAAAAAAAAGUAGAAAGAAAGAACGUGAUAGGUUUAGAUAGGAAUUCGAUAGACUUUUCGCUUAAUCAUAUUUAGUGAUAAAAGCCGGUAAAUGCAUUAAUUACAAGUGAGUAGAAUCAUAUAAGAUUGCGCGGUGAUCCCUCAUGUCGAGAGCACUCAGCAGAACAAUGAAAUUGCCCAAUACUGAAAAGCCAUUUCAGUGCAACGUUUGUGAGAAACAGUUUCGUCAAUUAAGUACGCUAGCGAACCACAUGAAGAUACAUACAGGGGAAAAGCCAUUUAAAUGCCAUGUGUGCAGUCGAGAAUUUAGGCAGAGUUCAACAUUGACGAAUCAUAUAAAGAUUCAUACGGGAGAGAAACCAUACAAUUGUACCUUCUGUGGUAAGCAGUUCCGACAACUUAGCACGUUAAGUAAUCAUGUUAAAAUACAUACGGGUGAGAAGCCGUUUGAAUGUGUUGUUUGUAAGAAACAAUUUAGGCAAUCGUCGACGCUAAAUAACCACAUUAAGAUUCAUACUGGUGACAAAUUCGUUAUCUGAUCUACGGUGAAAGUAGAGCUGGUAAUGCCAGCUGAUCCUAACAGCACUGAUCAACCAUGAAGAUAAUCUCAACAAAAAGAAGAAGAAAAAAAAGAAAAAAAAAUCUUUUAAUAUUAUUUGAUUAAUUUAAUUUAUUCGAAACAAAAGUUAUUCUCUGCAAAAACAAAAAACAAACACACAACAACAGACAUAAUUCCUUAGUUUAUAGAAUUCUCUAAAGUUGCUUUCCUUUUAUUUAAAAAUACUUAUGAUUAGGUGAAGAGUAAUGAUUAUCGAUAUAAAAAAAUAAUUGACGAGAAAUCAAUGAUGAAAAGUGAAGAUGCUAGAGUAGAAAUUGUACUUAAAAGAAAGGCAAGAAAACAAUCGCAAAUUGUUCAUGUGAAGAAUUUAUCGACUUGAGAAUGAUGAAAGAACAGAAAGAAGAAAUUUUCCUUGCGUUUUAUUCUUUCAUAACUCAAAACACUUUUUAUGAAAGAAAUUUUUUCGAAAAAUAAUGCAAGAAAUUAGAACUGAAGAAAUAAUUUAAUUAACUUUCAUCCUCAAACAUAAACACAUACAGUAAAAGUCAAACUGCUUAUGUUUGCAUAAAAACAUUGAAUUAAAUAUUUGAAGUAUUUAUUUUAAAAAAAUAUUAUUAACAAAAUCUUUUUGAAAAAAGAGAAAAGGAAAGAAAUGUUUGUGAUAAAGAAAAGGAAGGGAAGUAGCAACAACAGAUCAGAUGUCGUACUGAGACUUGAAACUACACACGUGUCGUCGUAUUUUUGUUUAAUGUUCAAGAAGAAAAUUUGGUCAAAUUUUUGCAACAAAACCAAGACAAACUUUGUCUUUAUCAUGAAACAUUUUCUUUCAAAAACACUUUUUAACCUUCUCGAAAGAGAAAAGCAAGCAAGUGAUGACUUGUUAAGCACUUCGUGAUGUGUCGCAGAGAAUUGUCAAUUAUGAAAAUCUUAUUGCGAUCAAAACUUAUUCUCCUUGUUUAAGUUGCCUAAAACAUUGGAUUAAAAAUUCAAGAAAAAAGAUGAAAAAUUAACGAAAAGAUGAAAAUAUUUUUACAUGUGACUCAAUAUUGUUGCAGUUGUGCGUGGUGGUGUGAAAAGUGAA